AUGUCGAUAGGAAUAACAGAAAAACGAGUGUUAUAUGAUAAUCCAUGUGCACCGAUUGUAAAAUUUUCAAAAACAAAAUCUCAUUCAAAUGAUUAUGAAGAUUUUGAUGAAGAGGAUGAUAUGACUGAUGAUCAAUCAUCAUCAUCGACUAUAAAUCAUGAUACUCAAUUAAAUCCAACACUUGGUGAACAUUCAUUUAAAUCAUUAUCACUUGAAGAUCUUGUUAAAUCAUUUGAUAAUACAAUUAAUGCUUGUUUUAUUGAUGAACAAGUUAUUGAAAUCAAAGAAGAAGAACCUAAAAUUCCACAAAAAGAUCUUGUUGCUUCAUCAAAUACAUGGUUAGAAUUAAUUGAAAAUCUUCGUACAUCACUUCGUAAUGAUUUAAAAUUACCGAAUAUAUCUCAAAGUUGUCAAACAGCAAUGGAUUGUAUUACUCAACAAACAAAUAAUUUGAAAAUCGAUGAUGAUGAUAUAACAUCAAUUGAUGAUUUAAAUGAAGAUGAAGAAGAAGAAUUACGUGAACAAUUAGAUAUGCAUUCAGUUAUUAUUUCAGCUAAUCAUGAACCAUUUCUUACAGCUGAACAAGUUAUUAGUGAAAUUGAUUUUAUGUUACAAGAUAUGACACCAGAUUCGGGUUAUUGUGAUGAUCAUUCACCAUCCGAUAUGCUUGAUUUACGUACAAAACGAGUGAAAUAUUUAUCAUCAAAUGUUAAUAAUGAACAAUUCGAUAUGAAAACCCAAACAAUUUAUUCAUUAAAUGAAUUCUAUGAAGAAUUAAAUACAUCUAUUAAAGAAUUAUCAAGUUUACUUGUUGAAGAAUUAGCAAUUCGGGAGGAACUUGAAUAUGAAAAAGAAACAAAGAAUACAUUUAUUUCACUUGUUCUUAGUAUUCAAAAUAAACGUCGACAUCACCAGGGAGAAAAACGUCCGAAACGUCGUUCUAUACUUGGAAACAGCAAUUAUGUUGAACCGGGAACGUAUUUAACAACGGUGAUACCAUAUGAUCGUGAGCACUCAACAUAUUUAUCCGUUGACAAUUUACAAAGUUUAAAUAAAAUUCUUCAUGCAAUUAAUGAAGAUAGUGCUCAGGUUCCAGAAUUAUUAACCAAAUACAUUCUCAAUGUUCUAUGUCCAUGUUGA